AUGUUAAAGUUAGUAUUUUUUUUAGUAUUUUUAUCUCCAAUUUGUUUUAUUAAUAAUAUGUACUGGAUGGUACAAAUUUUGUUAUUUUUUAUUAGAUUUAUUUUUUUAGUAAUAAAUAAUUUUAUAAAUUAUUGAUCUGAAAUUUCUUAUUUUUUAGGAAGUGAUAUACUUUCUUAUGGAUUAAUUUUGUUAAGUUUGUGAAUUUGUUCUUUAAUAUUAUUAGCUAGAGAAAGUGUUAAUAAAUAUAAUAAUUAUAAAAAUUUAUUUUUAUUAAAUGUUAUUUUAUUAUUGUUAUUAUUAGUUCUAACAUUUAGAAGAAUAAAUUUAUUUAUAUUUUAUUUAUUUUUUGAAAGAAGUUUAAUUCCUACUUUAUUUUUAAUUUUAGGUUGGGGUUAUCAACCUGAACGUUUACAAGCUGGUGUUUAUUUAUUAUUUUAUACUUUAUUAGUUUCUUUACCUAUAUUAAUCGGUAUUUUUUACAUUAUAAAUGAAGUAAAUUCAAUAAAUUUUUAUUUAAUAAAUAAUUAUAUAUUUAAUUAUGAUUUAUUAUAUUUUUGUAUAUUGUGUGCUUUUUUAGUAAAGAUACCUAUAUUUUUAGUUCAUUUAUGAUUGCCAAAAGCUCAUGUUGAAGCCCCUGUUUCAGGUUCUAUAAUUUUGGCUGGAAUUAUAUUAAAAUUAGGAGGUUAUGGUUUGUUGCGAGUUAUUUCGUUUCUUCAAUUAAUAAAUUUAAAAUAUAGAUUUAUUUGAAUUAGAAUUAGUUUAGUGGGUGGUGUUUUAGUAAGAUUAAUUUGUUUACGACAAACUGAUUUAAAAGCUUUAAUUGCUUAUUCCUCAGUUGCUCAUAUAGGAAUUGUAUUAGCUGGUCUUUUAACAAUAACUUAUUGAGGUUUAUGUGGUUCAUAUACAUUAAUAAUUGCUCAUGGACUUUGUUCUUCUGGGCUGUUUUGUUUAGCCAAUGUUUCUUAUGAACGGUUAGGUAGACGAAGUUUAUUAAUUAAUAAGGGGUUAUUAAAUUUUAUACCAGCUAUAACAUUAUGAUGAUUUUUAUUGAGUUCGGCCAAUAUAGCAGCUCCUCCUACUUUAAAUUUAUUAGGAGAAAUUUCUUUAUUAAAUAGAAUUGUUUCUUGAUCAUGAUUAACUAUAAUUAUAUUAUCAUUUUUAUCAUUUUUUAGAGCAGCUUAUACUUUAUAUUUAUAUUCUUUUAGUCAACAUGGAAAAUUAUUUUCUGGUGUAUAUUCUUUUAGAGGGGGUAAAAUUCGUGAAUAUUUAUUAAUAAUUUUACAUUGAUUACCUUUAAAUUUAUUAAUUUUAAGAAGAGAUUCAUGUAUAUUGUGAUUAUAA